AUGGAGAAUCGUACACAGAGUAAUACCAGAGACCAUAUUUCAGUUCCUAUAGAAGACGGAGGUAUUGGGCUUGAAGAAUUGGAAAACACCAUGAGAGCAAAGCUUUGCCCUGGUUCGGGGCUUGAAGAAUUGGAAAACACCAUGAGAGCAAAGCUUUGCCCUGGUUCACCCUACUGGGCUGCCAAAUGCUGCAUCUUCAGGGUUCCCGAAGUGCUCAAGAAACAUAAACAAGAGGCAUACGAACCUGAUUUUGUCUCAAUUGGUCCAUUUCACCAUGGAGGUAAACAAUUUCAACACAUGGAAAAUGUGAAACAGUGGUAUUUAAAUAAUCUUUUGUCACGCAGAACAAAUGUGAGCUUGAAAAACUUAAUCGAAAGCGUUGCUCAGCUGGAGAAAUCCGCCCGCGAAUUUUAUGCUGAACCGCUUGAUCUGAGCCAGAAUGACUUGGUAGAAAUGAUGAUACUUGAUGGUUGCUUUGUAAUUGAACUGUUCCGGAAGUUUGUGGCACGAAAAACUUCUGAUGAGGAACAUGUUGACGGAAAUGACCCCAUCUUCAGAAUGGAUUGCAUGUUCCAAUAUCUAUGCCAUGACCUGUUGCUGCUUGAAAAUCAGCUACCUUGGUUUGUUCUCCAGCAUUUAUAUAACCUUACCCUCGACCCCGAGCCCGAUAAAUAUAGUCCCUCCCUCACUAUCCUCGCGCUCAGAGCCUUCACCACACAAAACCACUGA